UAUGGAGUUUCAACCUCGGUGCGCUGCCCGAGUGACCGACAGUUGAAACCCCUCGAGCGCACAGCUUUAGUUUGGCGGUGGCACGUCUCCGACCCAAAUAUUGAAAACAAAUUUUAAAAAAUUAUUAAAAAAAAAAAAAAAAGACAGAAAGAAGGAAGAGAAAAAAAACCUGCUGGGAAACCCACCACGAAGCGGAUACCGAAGUUACUAUUUUUUUUUUUUUUUUGAUUCAGCUGUGGAAGGUAGAGACCUACCCGGUUUUACCGGGCACUUAAGAAUUUUGCGCGAGGGACUGCCAGGUUGUGAUUCACUGAGCCACCACAGCUCAAAGUUACAUCAGAACGACUUUCCCCGAGUGACAAGUCAAGUCAUGGGAUUAUUAGACUUCUGUAAUGUGGAUUGUAAGGGCGUUUGAGCAAAAGCUCAGUCUGCGUCGGGACCAUGUGAGUGGAUUCGCGUCGUGGCUUCUGACGUUUCUGGAUAUUUUGAAAAUCAUCGGCAACAGUUGAACCCGACGUCCUUUGCGCUCCUUCCCUUUUCACCAGGUGUCCUGUCUCGUGGGACCACGAUGGGACUUUAGCCUGAUUAGUUCUCCUGACACCCCAUCUUUAGGAAGCUCCAUCCAUGUCUGCCCUGUUUUCUGAGACUCUCUCUGAUGCUUUUCAACAAGUCCGCCUAUCAUACGAUAGGAUUUUAAACAGACUUUCGCGUUGCGCCAUGUCAGUCAUGAACUUGGCCGUGCGCUUGUUGCAGUUGUUUUGCGUGACGCUCCUGUAUUUCUCAGCUGUCAAGAGUGCCUAUAUCCCCAAAGAGAAUGGAGGCAGCACAAAUGAGAUCGUGGCCUUUACAGAUGUCUACAAUAAGUCAAUGUGUCGGCCACGGGAGAUGCUGGUGGAGGUCCAUCAGGAGUAUCCUGAUGACAUUGAGCACAUUUUCAUUCCAUCCUGUGUGGUGCUCAUGCGCUGUGCUGGCUGCUGCAAUGACGAGAUGUUAGAGUGCACACCCACUGCCACACGCAACAUCACCUUGGAGGUACAAAAAUUAAAACCCCUGCGCAUCAAACGCAACUAUCCAAUGAGUUUUGCAGAACACACUGAUUGUGAAUGCAGAGUGAAGAAAGACAUUCAGGAUAGGAUAGAGAAAAAAUCCCGGAAAGGCAAGGGGAAAGGUCAAAAGGGAAAGCGAAAGAAAAACCGUGACAAAAUGCGGGAUUUUACUCACUGUAAACCAUGCUGCAGUACAUGUUCUGAGAGGAGAAAAAGACUAUACAUUCAGGACCCUGAAACGUGCCAGUGCACCUGCAAACACUCAGAGGCUGACUGCAAGCAAAAGCAGCUCGAACUCAAUGAGAGGACUUGCAAAUGUGACAAGCCAAGAAGAUGAGCAGUGAUCAGCCUAUAUAGGGUUUUUCUGAAAAAAGGCAUAAACACUAAUUAUUAAUAGCACCGCACUUUGAACCUUCAAUAUAGAUCCGUCAACCCUGGACUCCUGAAGCAUUCCCCUUGACUGACAGAGUGAGUGAGCAAGUGUGAGUGAGCAAGUCUUCCCCUUGUAAAUUUCACAAUAAAUGUGUAUAUUGAGUAAAGAUUUGAGCGAAGACUGAAAAGGACAGAACAAGUAGAAUUGCUGCUAAAUUGCUGCCUAAGAGGAUUGGCCUUGUCAGUGUUUUUGGCUACACAUAUGAAAAUGUGUCAAAAUCACUCACUGAUGCAGCAUAUCACUGGAUUAGCCGUGUUUUGGUUUUUUUCAUAUCAACAUCAACAAACAACAACGGAUAUACAGACAAAUAAUGGGACUGAAAAUGAACAAUAGAUGAAAGAAUACUGGAUUUUGUCAUGACUGGCCUCAUCAAAGUUUAUUAACCUGUUCUGCCAGAUUUCAAUAUCCAGCGCAUCUCAUCUUGUUGAUGAAUGGCAUGAGAAACAUAUAAAAACAAACAACAGAAGAUCCUGUUUUAUCCACUUUUAUUAAUACAUGCCACUUAUUCUAUAUGGAAAUCACUUUGCCUAGAUUCUGUGACUUGACUUCAUUCUCUACUGAACGACAGAUGACUACUUGAGAUUUAUGGUCACUUAUUUCUGUAAAAUUGUGUGUAUCUUUUUUCUGUCAUUCAGCCUACAGUGAAUCACAAAAUGAAGAAUGCAAACACACAAGGUCAUUUGAAUGUUUAUUAAUAUCCAUUUGAGCAUUUGACCCCUCAAGUCCAUAAUUUAUAUUUUCAGUAUUCUUACUGUCCAUAUUUAAUUGGUUUUAUUUAUGUGCAGUGUUAUAUUCUGAUCUCUUUCUAAUAAUUUUUAUCGUCAAUCUCACAGUUUGAAGAAAGUGAGUACAUUCCCAUAGCUGAUCGUUUCUGUUUUUCAGUUUGCCUCAAAAAUUGUUUCUCUCUGCAUAUAUAUGGGUUGUGCGGUUUCUAAAAUGCUGUGUGUGUGUGUGUGUGUGUGUGUGUGUGUGUGUGUGUGUGUGUGUGUGUGUGUGUGUGUGUGUGUGUGUGUGUGUGUGUGUGUGUGAAUGAGAGAGAGAGAGAGAGAGAGAGAGAGAAAAGGGCAGUAUGUAGUAUGAGAGACAGGGAAACUAAACUAGAAUUGUGAGUGUGUUUUUAAGGCUCCAAACCUAUAACAAUAUAGCCAAAAGAAAUCUUAGGCUAUAAAACACCUGCUACCUUUUUAUUUUAUUGUUGUCAAAUAGCAGACGUUGCCUAAGUUUAGUUUAUUUACAUUCUCAGUUAUUUAUUUACUCGCUGUAAAUAUGUCUAGAUUUAAGUCUUUUUGUGUUUGUGUAAUGUAGUAAAGUAUAUUUAUUUUCAAAUUAUAUUACGUUUUUCUUUUCUAUAAAAUGUUUGAAAAUC